AAAUGAAAUCAGCUGUUUGCAAAGAUUGUUGAGUUAAAAUGGCAUAGAAAUUAGUUUUGUAUUAUUAUUUAAAGUUCUGGACAUUAAUUUGUGACUGAUAUGCGACGCAUUUUUACAUGCGCCAAUUUACAAAUUAUGUCGAAAAAUAAAGGAAAAGGUAAAGCGGAGAAAAACAACAGCGCUACCGCAACGCCGGCUUUGCCGUUGACACGCCUGUGACUGGAAAAACGCCACAUAGCGAUUAAAAUUCUGGCCAAGCCGGGUAGCAAGCAAAACGGCAUUACGGACAUUGGAGCUGAAGGAGUUGGCGUACAAAUAGCGGCGCCUCCUAGUGAAGGUGAAGCCAAUGCAGAACUAGUGAAAUUUCUGUCAAAAGUGCUGGGGCUGCGAAAAAGUGAUGUUUCCUUAGACAAAGGAUCACGUUCCCGCAACAAAAUAAUACUCAUAAGCAAAGGGGUGUCCAACGUGGACACCAUCAACGAGAUGCUUCGCAAGGAGUGCGAUUCAUAGCCCUAAAUAUUUAUUUAAACAAAAA